AUGAAUAACAAGAUGUUGCCCCACCACAAGUACAGUUACAUCCCGAAGCAAAACAAGAAGCUCAUUUAUGAGUACUUGUUCAAAGAAGGAGUCAUCGUCGUGGAGAAGGAUGCCAAGGUCCCGCGCCACCCCCACCUGAACAUUCCUAACCUGCAUAUCAUGAUGACGCUCAAGUCACUGAAGAGCAGGAACUACGUGGACGAGAAGUACAACUGGAAGCACCAGUACUUUAUAUUGAACAAUGAGGGAAUCGAAUACCUAAGAGAGUUUCUGCACCUGCCACCAUCCAUCUUCCCAGCCACGCUCUCCAAGAAGGUCGUCAACAGGGCGCCAAAAAUGGAGGAGGAAUUUUCAAGAGAACUAAGACAGCCGAUGGGAAGAGGUCGCUCAUAUGACAAGAGAGCCUUCGAGUAG